GUUCGAUAAUCUUGUGAUGUAUAUUCGAAAUCUUGUGAUGUGUGUUCUACAAUUCAGUGAUGCGUGCAAUAAAAUUGCAUGACGCAACAGAAAAGUAAGGACAAUUUUCAUUGGUUAGAAAUAACGAAAGUAGCUGAAGCGUCGGGAAAACCAUGCAGGUGAGAAAAAACACAUCAGUUUGUUUAUUGCAGCACUAAUUACGAGAUGCACGAGUGUUGUUCCUGGUGACAUGAUGGAGAUAUUUCGGCCUGCUAGGGAAAAAACUCAGUAAACGUAGAUGUAUUGACAAAAUUUGUAGAUGAGCUGAUCGCCAACCAGGAGAUCAGAAUGAUCGCAUCUGCUCCUGCCACUUUAAGGAUGGUAAGAAGGAGGGGGACCCUGCAUAUUUUGCAUGGAAUGAAGGAAAGGCCAUGGAUUUCUCUGAUCCUGAAUGUACAAAAAGGAGGAAAAAACUCAAAAGUGAGGAGUCCCUGUCAUCUUCACAGAUGGACCAGUUGCAGAUUCCACAAGCACCAAAAUGUCAAUAUCAAGAAAAAUUGAUAUCAGAGCACAACUACUCAGCAUCCUGCACAUUUAACUGUACUCAAGAAAUGCAGCGCCUCUCAACAGAAAUACAACUGGAAAAGGAAUUGCUUGCCCUAAAAAUAGAGUCUAGUAAAAGGAAGCCAAUAUCAAUCCACGAUAUUAAAUACAACGAAGAGAAGGUCUCUGAUCAGCAGGGGCAUUUUCUCUAUAUAAGAAGAAAAUGGAGACUCCCUACCCACCCGAUGUAUUUUGUCGGACAGUUUUCUGUACAUUGCAGUCACCAAUAUAUCCAAAUAUCAUCACCGGCCCAGACGUCAUUCACUCCUUUGAAUUGUGCUGGUAGCAGUAAGGUGUCAUCAUUUGAGAUGGUCACAGUAUCCAAUACACUGAAGUCACAGGACUCAAAUUUCAUACAUGUUCACAGGGUCUCUGCCAAAAUCUUUUGAGGAUUUUUCCUCUGCUAGAGCAUCCAUGGAUGCAAAUGAAACAACCCAGGACAUCCCAACACAUAUGGAUAAUCAGGCCAUGGCCUACAGUAUGUACAAAAGUUGCCAUACUUUUAAAGCAGUAACUUGCGUGCCUCCAAAUGGUGCACUUACAUUUUGCUCCAUGCUGUACCCAGGUUCUACUUCUGAUGUAGCUAUUGUACGUCACAGCCAAGUUUUACGAAAGUUCAAAGCUGGAGACCUUAUUUUGGUGGUCAAAGGUUUCACCAUUCAUGACCAGUUGCCCCAGGGUGUCUGCUUAAUUAUAAAAGCUCUUUUAUCGACACGAGGCCAGUUUACCAUACAAGAAGCAGCACUGUUACAAGAUUGCUAAAGCACUUAUUCAUGUGGAAAGAGCCAACGAGAGGAUAAAGAAUUACGAGAUUCUCCGUCACAUACCAUCUACUUACAGACCAAUCUCAACAAAAAUAUUUCAACUCUGUUCUUGUCUUGUAAACUUGCAAGCUCCACUUUUGAAAGAAAUUACUUAAAGAUACAUG